UCUGCAUAGCAGCGCAUGAUUUCAAAAGAAGUAGGCAGCUUCUCCGCUGCAAACCCCCUCAGUGCCAAGGGGAAACGAACCCAGGCCACGGGGCCGGGCUGCAGGCCAGAGCGGGCGCGGCCGCGGGCGCGGUGCCCCCGCGCAGCGGGCGCCGGGAGGGUUCCGCCAUCGGCGCACCUGCGGCGGCCGCAGAGCUGGGUCGGCACGGCGCGGAGCGGUAGGACCAUGGGCACCACAGCGGGGCAGCAGCUUCGAGCACUCUUCUACGUGGUGCCACCCGGAGAGAGCUCCUUCCGCACUCUAGACGAGGUGCCCGACUACGUAGAGAAGGUGAGAGCCCCCUCCCCUCCCCUUUCCCGGCAGCAUCCUUUGCCGGCUUCUCCGCCCACCCUGCGCCGAGGCACCACCUGCCUUUUUCCAGAGGACUGGGGAAGAUGCGACCGCAAAAGGACACCCAAAAGUAUUCCAUUCUUCAUUGCUUUUAUUGUGUUGGAGUUUGCUGUCAGCUGGGUUCAGCAGCGUAAACUGCCAGGUCGGAUCAAUGAUGGCAUAAGUUCUCUUUCAUUGGGUAUCCUGUCUCGACUUCCAGAUGUUUUAUUUAGAAGUGUUGACCUAGUUAGUUACGUCUAUGUAUGGAAUAACUACAAACUCUUCGAACUGCCCUGGGACUCACACUGGACAUGGUAUUUAACAUUUCUGGGAGUGGACUUUGCAUACUACUGGUUUCACCGCGUCAGUCAUGAGGUUAAUAUACUAUGGGCAGCACACCAGGUACAUCAUAGUUCUGAAGAUUACAACUUGUUCACAGCCCUGAGACAAUCCUGUCUGCAGAGAUACACCUCCUGGAUGUUCAACUUACCCAUGGCUCUUUUCAUUCCACCAUCAGUGUUUGCUGUUCAUCUGCAAUUUAAUCUACUUUACCAGUUUUGGAUACAUACAGAGGUUAUCACUAAUAUUGGUCCAUUGGAGUGGAUUCUUAAUACUCCUAGUCAUCACAGAGUUCAUCAUGGUAGAAAUCCCUACUGCAUUGACAAAAAUUAUGGUGGCACACUCAUUAUCUGGGACAGGAUAUUUGGAGCAUUUGAGGCAGAAGAUGCUAAAGUUGUAUAUGGCUUAACACAUCCAGUAAAUUCAUUUGAACCCAUCCUGCUCCAGUUACGUCCCUUGGCUCAUAUUUGGAAUACGUUUUGGGCCACACCUGGAUUCUGCAAUAAGCUUUCUGUCAUAUUCAAAGGGCCAGGCUGGGGACCAGGCAAACCUAGACUUGGCCUUCCUGAGGAAAUCCCAGCGGUCACUGGAAACGAAGUUCCCUUCAAUCCAAGUGUACCAGCUUAUCUUAACUGCUAUGCAGUGGUACAUUUUGCUGUAAUAAUGGAGUUGUAUAUUGAUCUUCUUGCUACUGUGACUACAUUAUCACAGCAAACUAUUCUACUGAGAAUUGGCAUUAUCAUUCUAUCCCUGACUUCUUUUGGAUUUCUUAUGGAGAGCAGACCCAAAGCAGGAAUUUUGGAAAUCAUCCGCUGUGCAGUCUUCUUAGGAGCAUACAAAAUUGGCUACUUAAGAAAUCAGCUUUCUUUGUUGGACUACGCUUAUGAAGUGUUGUUUUCUCUCUGCAUUGCAUUCUGGGGAAUUCAAACUAUGAGACGGAUUACUUCAUCUAAAGAUAAACAUCUUUGAAAGAGCAGAUCUGACACCGCUUGAAUUAUGGAAACAGUGCUUUGGAAUAGCCUUCCUUGGAAUUAAUUAGCUAUGACUUACUGAAUCAUACAUAUUACAUAAAUAUAAUAAUACAUACAUUUUUCAUAUGAUAGGAGGGGUUUGAUUUCAUAUGAAUGUUUGAAAGAUUCAUUGGGAAGUGAAUUUAUUUUUAUUUGAUUUUUAAAAUAUUUAAUUUACCUCUCUAUUUAAAUAAAAUGUUCAUUCAUAAUGUA